AACUUAAUACUGUAUCAGUUUCAUGACUACAGCAUUCGUCACUUCAAUGGUUAUUCAGUCAUUCGUUUAAUACCUGAGACUGAAUCGCAACUCAAUUAUUUGCGUCAAUUGGAAAACAAUGCCUUAGAUCUUGACUUCUGGAGGGGUCCCUCAUAUUUGGGAAGACCCGUCGAUGUCAUGAUUCCCCCGCAACUCAACCAUACAUUUCAACAAAAACUUUUGUGUCAAUUCUUUCUUGACUUCUGGAGGGGUCCCUCAUAUUUGGGAAGACCCGUCGAUGUCAUGAUUCCCCCGCAACUCAACCAUACAUUUCAAGAAAUUUUCAGUAAAAAAUUUCCACAAAAGUCUCUUAUGAUCGAUGAUUUAGAAAAAACAUUGGCUGAAGAAAGAAAACCUUUUGUGCCGAUAAACACUUUGGACACAAAAGCAGAUGUUGUGGACAAACAUUUCGAUGAUUACCAAAGACUGGACAAAAUUCACGCCUUCUUGGACGCCAUUGCAGCUCAAUAUCCGUCUAUCGCAGGGGUCGAGACUAUUGGCACCUCUUAUGAGAAGCGAAAUUUAAAGAUCAUUCGCAUAGGAGUGAACCAGGCUGCCAAAACUAAACCCAUUAUCUUCCUGGAGGGCGGAAUCCACGCCCGCGAGUGGAUAUCUUCCGCAACCAAUCAGUUCUUUGCACAAGAGUUGGUUCAGAGAUCUGAAUCCGAUGCCGAUGUCAAAGAUCUAUUAAAUACAUUUGAUUUUUACAUUCUUCCAGUUCUUAACGCUGACGGCUAUGAAUACACGCACACAGAUAAUAGGAUGUGGAGAAAGACUAGGCAACCAAAUGGUUUGUGUUAUGGUACUGAUCCUAACAGAAACUUUGCGUACCAAUGGGGCGGAGAGGUUAGUUUAAAACAAAUUGGUUACCAAUUAGGCGCCGAAACAUACAGAGGACCCAAAGCUUUCUCUGAACCCGAAACUAAAGCCGUUUCUGAUUUUGUGUUGAGUAAGGGUACAAAAGUUAAGGCAUAUCUGGCAGUCCAUUCCUACGGACAGUACUGGUUGUAUCCCUGGGGUUAUACAAGUGCUUUGACUAAAGACGACGCCGCACUCAAUCGUGUGGCAAAGGUAGCGACCACUGCUUUGGCACAGAAGUAUAAUACUAAAUACACAAUCGGAACUUCAACCAAUGUUCUUUACGCGGCGGCCGGUGGAGCAGACGACUGGGCUUACGGGGGCGCCGGCAUUAAGUAUGCCUAUACCGUUGAGUUGAGAGACACCGGUUCCUAUGGAUUCUCUCUGCCAAAGGCACAAAUCAGACCCACCGGUGAAGAAACAACGGCUGCUUUCAUUGCAUUCGCCAAAGAAGUCAAGAAAGAGCUGUGA